CUGCCUGGUUGACCUACGUCACCACGCAGCGUCAGCAGGAAAACAGCAUGCGGCGUGAGAAUACCUAGCUAAAAAAGCAUGCAGGAGUAAAAAAACUAACAGUUUUUCGUUAUAAUUUGAUGUUGAGAUGGCGCCGACGAACCAGAAAAGGAAACAUGACAAAGCUCCAAUUAAAGAUGGCAAUUUUAGGAAAGAAAGAAAAGUGUCAGGUGGGGUAAACAAGAAGAAGAAGUGGAUCCCCCACAACAAAAUAUUUGAAGGCAGCGUUAGAGAAGGUCAAGGGUUUGCUUUUCAGAAAAAGGAAAAAGUCAAACAUGAGUACAACAAACUGCUGCGAAGGGAGCGUAAGAAGAACCCCAAGGCCAAAGUGGUGUACAAGGAGGAGUACCCUGAACACCUCAAGCAUCUGUACCUUGCGGAGGCUGAGAAAAUGAGGAAUGAAGCCUGGGCAAACAGAGUGAACAGGAGCAAACUGAGGAUUAAGGGGCAGCUCAAAGAUGGAGAUGAAAAUGAUGCUGAUGGCGUUGAUGCAGGCAUUACCGGAGGAUCUGAGCUGACGGAUUCUGUUUCUGGGAACCCUGAACCAGCAAUAGCCUCCGAGAAAGAAAGUUUGCCAAUAAGCAACCGCAUGCGAAAAAAAAUGCAAAGCAAGACCUCUUACCAGCAGACAAUGGAGAAAUUUGAGAAAAUCCAGGAGAAGAGAAGACAGAAGAAAGAGGAGUACCUGAAGAACAAGCAGCAGAAAGAAGAAGCCAUUCAGAGAUACAAGCAAAAGAAAAUUGAGACGUUCCGUAUGCUGAGCAAAAAGACCAAGAAAGGACAGCCAAACUUCAACGUGCAAAUGGAGUAUUUACUUCAGAAGAUCCAAAGAACUGAUAAAUGACUUCUCUGCUUGAAAGAUCUUACUGACUACCAUUUAAAACCUGAACAAGAGUUAUUUUUGAACUCUUUUUGUCUGAAAUGACAAAUGUUCAGCUGAAAAUCAGAAAAACUUCUGUCGGGGUGUUUUGCAGCAUUUGUAUGCAAAGCAAAAGGAACCUACAACUGCUAAACCAUGGUUGAUUUUAGUGUUAAACCACAAGAUGUCACAAUUAGAUGUGGAGAGAUAUACUGUUGGAUUUAUUUUAAGAUUGUUUCCUGUAUAAAAUAAAAAAUAUUAAUACA